AUGCCGCUAAGACGCAAUAACCGUCAACCGACACCUCCGCCUUCGAGCGAGGAGAGUGUGACGCAGUCAAUUCAGACACCGCCGCCUCCCCCACCCCCGGUUAAUCGGGAAAUAGUGAAGCUGUUCUUGGAGCAGAAACCACCUGUGUUUGAUGGACUUGGAGAACCGGCCAAGGCCGAAUCAUGGAUCCGCGCAAUAGAACGUAUCUUCGCAAUCUUGGGAUGCAAUGAUAGGGAACGGAUGAGUUGCGUUACUCACCAACUAACCGAGGCAGCCGACUUUUGGUGGGAUACUAGACCGAAUACCCUGGCGCGAGACCAAGUAGAAGCAAUGACGUGGGAAGAUUUCAAGACUGAAUUGUACAACAAGUAUGUGCCGAAGAGCUACCGGAAAGCAAAGGCAUCCGAGUUCCAUAAUUUGACUCAAGGACGCAUGACUGUGACCGAGUACGAUCGAGCGCUCAACAGCAUGACCCGAUACGCCCCUGAUCAAGUCGACACUGACGAGAAGUUGUCUGACAAGUUCCGCGAGGGACUAAGGUCCGAGAUAAAUAUGUCGUUGGCCAGUCGAGGGAGACUCACCUACGCUAAAGCUCUGACACUCGCAUUGGAUAUUGAAGCAGCGAUGCCUAGAGAGAGAGCCAAGGAGAACUCUACACCGUCCUUACCCCCAUCACAUCACUCCCGGGAGAAGAGGAAGUGGGAGGAUGCUAGGACUAACGUCGUCAAGUGCUACACCUGCGGAGGAAACGGCCACUUCUCUAGGGAGUGUGCAAAUAACAAGGUAGGAUCGGGAUCAAGGCAGAACGAUCAAGGAUCCCGUCAGCAAUCGAGGGCACCGCAAAAUGAAUCAAGAGGAAAUCGCGACCCAUCGUCGCGGCAACAACAACCUCACCGCCCAAGACUUCCUCCACAAGCUAGAGCGUUCGCGCUGGAACAAAAGAAGCCGAAGAAAGAGCAAGAUGAUCGUGAGAAAGGAAACUUGACAGGUAUGGGCGAAAUUCUCGAUACCCCCGUUGUUGUGUUAUUUGACACGGGCGCAUCGCAUUCAUUUAUAUCUGAGCUAUGUGUGCACACUUUGGGCUUGCCUACUAGCGAAUCUAAACAUAGAAUGAUGGUGUCCUCACCAGUAGGAGGAAUGAUAGAAAUAUCUAGAACAUGCUCGAACAUAGAAAUUGUUAUGGGAGAACUUAAGUUAGUCGCUCACGACCUGCAAGUUAUGGCGAUGAGAGAUACCGACGUAAUCCUAGGAAUGGACUGGUUGGCCGCGAAUUUCGCGACGAUUCGUUGUAAGGAGAGACAAAUAUCUCUACAAGCUCCGGGAAGGGAACCCAUCGUGUAUCAUGGAAUCUCGAUGAACCAACGAACCGCGAUAAUCUCUGCACUGCAAGCUACCGCGAUGAUGAGAAAGGGGCGACCUGCCUAUCUCGUCUAUCUUCACGGCGAUGAGAAUGAUGAAAGAAGAGUGGAAGACGUCGCUGUUGUGCGGGAAUUUCCAGACGUUUUUCCGAAGUGUUACCUGGACCGCCGCCGGAUCGACAAUUAG